CUAAUGCCUUUUUGGGCUUUCAAAAAUGUUUCCAGGUUGAGCUACUAAUUUUGUCUCACCACUUCUACAAAUUAUCAUCUUGCCUGGAUGGAGUUGAUGUUCUUGUAGCCCUUGCCGCUACUAGGGUUGAGGCUUAUGUGUCUGAGGGUGACUUUUCAUGUUUGGCCCGUCUCAUAACUGGAGUAGGAAACUUCCACGCCCUCAAUUUCAUUCUUGGAAUUCUUAUUGAAAAUGGUCAGCUUGAUCUUCUUCUUCAGAAGUAUUCAGCUGCUGCAGAUGCAAAUGCUGGCACUGCUGAGGCUGUCAGAGGAUUUCGAAUGGCGGUUCUCACAUCACUGAAGCAUUUUAAUCCAAAUGACCUUGAUGCGUUUGCUAUGGUCUACAAUCAUUUCGACAUGAAACAUGAAACGGCUGCUCUUUUGGAGUCACGAGCAGAGCAGUCAUCGGAGCAGUGGUUCAGCCAUUAUGACAAGGAUCAGAAUGAAGACCUUUUAGACUCCAUGCGCUAUUACAUUGAAGCUGCUGAAGUUCACAAAUCCAUUGAUGCUGGCAACAAAACACGCAGAGCAUGCGCUCAGGCUUCCCUUGUGUCUCUUCAAAUUCGAAUGCCUGAUUUUCAGUGGCUGUACCGAUCUGAAACCAAUGCCAGGCGGGCCCUUGUUGA